AUGGAGUCGAAGGAAGCUACGUCGUAUCCCGCCGUCGAAGCUCCCACAGGUUCCUUCGCUCCUCCCUCGUUUCAAUCUUCUAAUGCCGUCGAAAAUCCAUCUGUAUUGAAUAAAAACAUUGAAUUGAGCGAUGAUAACGACGAUAAAAGUAAGGGUGAUGGUAAGGGCGCCGCGUCUGAGGACGAGGGUUUUGUGAGCGGUAAUGAGGAGUUUGAGCCCGAGUCGAAUAAGGCUGUUGUGGAGGAAAUUGUUGUUGGUGGUGGUGCUGAAAAAGAGGAUAAGGAUAAGGAAAGUUAUGGCGUUGAGAAAGCAUCGGGUGAUUUUGACUCGGUUCAGAAAGCAGGCGGUAAUCCCGAUGGUGGAUUGGUGGAAGGUUCUGGGACUGAGGUUUUGGUUGGGGAAGAGGUGAAUAUGGUGGUCGAGGGAGCUGAAAUAGAAGGAAAGGAAAAGAAGGAUUCAUUGAGUGUUGGGCCGGAGAAGGAGGUGGAAGAGGUUUCGGUGGAAGAAUUGAAAUUUGCUGAUGCAGCCGAUGAGAAAUCCCUGCAAGAGGCUGAUUCUUUGGUCGACCAUAUUGAUGUAGAUGUAGUUGCCCCUGGGGUAGCUGUUGUUGGAGGGGCUGAAGAAAAUGAAGAUGUGGUGGCUGAGCCACCGGAGGAGGUGGCUGAGCCGGAGAAAGUAGAGGUGGCUGAGCCGGAGAAAGUAGAGGUGGCCGAGCCGGAGAAAGUAGAGGUGGCUGAGUUGGAGAAAGUAGAGGUGUCUGAGCCGGAGAAAGUAGAGGUGGCCAGUCGUGGUGACGUGGAACUCACGAGCGAAGGUGAUUCUGUGGUUGACAACAUUCAGGUUGAUGUUGUGGGGUCCGGAGAUAAGGGAGAUGAAAAGGUUGAGAGAGAGGAAGCCCCGCUUGAGCUUGAAUCGGUUGGUGGUUUUACUGAAAAGAGUACUGGGGAAGUUGUAGUUCAGAAUACGGCUGAUGCUGUUGAGGGAAAGCCACUUCAACCUGAACAUGUUGUGGUUGCAGGCGAAAAGAAUGAAGAUUUAGGCAUUGGGGCCGAAAAUAACGAUUCCGUUGAAAGAGGUGCAGUUAUGGAUGCUGAGGACGGCCAAAAGAAAUCGGAGGUGGAUUCUGAAGGUACAAAGAAUGAAAUUGAGGCGGAUAUUUUCUCUGAAACAGCAAAACCCAAAGAAAUCCAUGAAGGUGAAGUUGCGAGGAGCCACCCUGAUGACUCCAUAUCGGAUGAGGACGCGGAUGACAUGAUCUUCGGGAGCUCUGAUGCAGCCCGAAAGUUCAUAGAGGAGCUGGAGCAGGAAUCCCAUGCCCUUGCGGAUAGCUCGCACGAGCUGGCCCGUGAAAUUGAUGGCCAGAUUGUCACGGAUUCUGAGGAAGAAGAAGACGAGACGGACGAUGAUGAAGGAGAUGGGAAGGAGCUUUUGGACUCUGCUGCAUUAGCAUCACUUUUGAAGGCGGUCACCGGAAGCGAUGCGAAUGGCGGCAGUGUCACCAUCACUUCUCAGGACGGUUCAAGGCUUUUCUCCGUCGAGCGCCCGGCUGGCCUCGGGUCUUCCCUUCAGUCCCUCAGGCCUGGCCCACGACAGAACACGCCGAGUUUCAGCUUGGACGAUGCAAAGAGGAUGGCGAUGAAGCUCGAGAUGGAACAAAGGGAUGACUUGGACUUCUCGGUGAACAUGCUUGUUCUCGGGAAAGACGGUGUGGGUAAAAGUGCCACUAUAAAUUCCAUAUUCGGCGAGGAGAAGACCACGAUUGAUGCUUUUGAGGCCGGAACGGAUUCUGUGAAGGAGAUUUCUGGGUUUAUCGAUGGAGUCAAGGUUUGUAUUGUGGACACGCCAGGCCUCAAGCGUUCGGUGAUGGAACAGGGUCACAACCGCAGUAUUUUGUCCUCUGUAAAGAAGUUCACCAAGAAAACACCGGCCGAUGUUGUCCUUUACGUGGACCGACUGGACUCACAGUCUAGAGAUCUUAACGAUUUGCCUCUGUUGAAAACCAUCAACACCAUUCUUGGCUCGUCCAUAUGGCGAAGUGCCGUAAUUGCCCUCACUCAUUCGGCCUCGGCGCCUCCAGACGGGCCAUCCGGUGCUCCCUUGAGCUACGAGGUAUUCGUUUCACAAAGGUCCCAUGUUGUCCAGCAGUCGAUUGGCCAGUCUGUGGGUGAUUUACGUAUGAUGGUCCCGAGCCUCACAAACCCUGUCUCCCUAGUCGAGAACCACCCGUCUUGCCGGAAAAAUCGCGACGGCCACAAGAUACUUCCGAACGGACAGGUCUGGAGGCCCCAGCUGCUGCUUUUAUGCUACUCGAUGAAAAUCCUUUCUGAGGCGAAUUCAAUCUCUAAACCCCAAGACCUGUUUGACCACCGCAAGCUGUUCGGUUUUCGGGCCCGCUCCCCGCCUCUCCCUUACAUGCUGUCAUCCAUGCUGCAGUCCCGUUCGCACCCAAAACUUCCAUCGGAACUCGGUGGAGAUAAUGCGGAUUCUGAUAUCGACUUGGAUGACUUCUCGGAUUCGGACCACGAAGGUGGGGAAGAAGACGAGUACGAUCAGCUCCCGCCUUUCAAGCCUCUCAGAAAGGCCCAAAUUGCGAAACUGACCCGGGAGCAGAGGAUCGCGUAUUUCGAAGAGUACGAUUACCGCGUGAAGCUUCUGCAAAAGAAGCAGUGGAAAGAGGAGCUGAGAAGGAUGAGAGAAUUCAAGAAAAGGGGAGGCCGUGGUAACGAUUACAACAACCCGUCUGCUGCUGAUAAUGAUGACGAGGCAGAUUCUGGCUCGGCUGCCCCAGUUGCAGUCCCUCUGCCUGACAUGGCUUUGCCGCCUUCGUUCGACGGGGACAAUCCGGCUUAUCGGUACCGUUUUCUCGAGCCGACCUCACAAUUCCUUGCACGGCCCGUUCUCGACACUCACGGGUGGGACCACGAUUGCGGCUAUGACGGUGUGAACGUCGAGCACAGCCUGGCGAUCCUCAAUCGCUUUCCCGCCACGUACACUUUCCAGAUAACGAAGGACAAAAAGGACUUCACGGUAAGCCUCGACUCGUCGAUUGCCACGAGACUCGGCGAAAACGUCUCGACUUUGGCGGGAUUCGAUGUCCAGAGCAUGGGGAAACAGCUGGCGUACAUUUUCCGUGGAGAGACCAAAAUCAAGAAGGUGAUGAAGAACAAAGUUACUGGCGGGGUCUCGUUUACUGUCCUGGGAGAGAAUGUGGUGCCUGCAUUUAAAAUCGAGGAUCAGAUCACUUUCGCCAAACGGCACACACUGGUGGGGAGUGCGGGAGUUGUUCGGUCGAAGCACGAGUCGGCUUAUGGGGCCAAUUUCGAGCUGCAGUCGAGGGAUGAUGAUUACCCGAUUGGGCAGGUUCGGUCGACUUUGAGUUUGUCUAUGGUGAAAUGGAGGGGUGACCUGGCGUUGGGGCUCAACGGGCUGGUGCAGUUAGGGCUCGGGAGGAAUUCGAAGGUGACGGUCAAGGCUGGGAUAAAUAACAAGAUGAGUGGGCAGGUGAGUUUGAGGACGAGCAGCACAGACCAUCUCUCGCUUGCGCUGGCUGCUGUUAUCCCAACCGCACUUUCUGUUUACAGGAAGCUUUUCCUUGCUGAGGGGGAGAAGCAGAAGGUUUGGGUUUUCAUUGAGGCUGUCCUUGUGAUGUGCUUGGGCUACAAACGAGUUGAACGGCUCGCGAGUCAACGCUCUACUCGAGCUCAAGCCGGGAAUAUGGAAGAGGAGGAGAUGAAAGCCAUUCUUAGGGAGGCCUUUGGGGAUUCAUCCUCCGACAGCGACGGCGAGCCCUCCGACGACCGCCGCCGGCGAGUUAACGCCAGCAAUAGCAUUUGGGAACCUGUGGCUGAAAUCAGCGGUCUCUGGAUUUGUCGGGACUUUUUAACCGCCGAGCAACAGUCCUCGUUGCUAUCUGCAAUUGAAGAAGAAGGAUAUUUAGCUGAUGCGUCGCGUAAUCAGGCAAUGAGAUUUGGAAAUCUUCCCCCAUGGGCCAAUGAACUAUCGUGUAUUAUACGCGAUAAUGUUCUCUUGGAUGAUUUUCCUUCCAAAUGCAUGGACCCAACAUUUAGUGAUAGCAGUAAGGAAAGCCGUAUUUUUCCACCAGAAAUAUUAUGGAGAGAACCACUGUUCGACCAGUUUAUAGUGAACAUAUACCAGCCAGAAAGUGAUAUUCCAUAUGGCAUGCAGGGGAUUUGUGCACAUGUUGACUUAAUGCGUUUUGAAGAUGGAAUAGCAAUAAUCUCAUUGGAGUCAUCGUGUGUCAUGCAUUUCAGUUCAGUCGAAGAUGAAGUCAAAGGAUCUGUUGUACCCACAGCUAAGAUUCCGGUACUUUUAACCCCAGGUUCUCUGGUUUUGAUGUGGGGUGAGGCACGAUACCUAUGGAAGCACGAGAUUAAUCGCAAGCCAGGUUUCCAAAUCUGGCAAGGCCGAGAAAUCGAGCAGAAGAGAAGGUUGACUAAGCUCAAGCCAAUCUCAGCCGGCGCCGAAUUCCUUACUCCGAUGCCGCGACCAGCAACCCCUACCCGAUCGGCCGCCGCCGGCUCGAAGACGGCGGUAGAAUAUCGCUCCGUCAUUCGAAAAAUCGUCAAAAGCCGUAAAACAUCCUUUGCCCUCGCCGUACUCAUCGCCGACGCAGUCUUGGUUUCUCUCGUCAUCUCAUAUGUUCCAUACACGAAGAUCGACUGGGAUGCUUAUAUGUCACAGGUUAGUGGGUUUCUUGGAGGAGAAAGAGAUUACAGCAAACUCGGAGGGGAUACGGGGCCAUUGGUGUAUCCAGCUGGGUUUCUUUAUAUUUACUCUGCUAUUCAGUAUGUUACUGGUGGCCGGGUUUUUCCUGCCCAGAUUUUGUUUGGUGUACUCUAUAUCGUGAAUCUUGGGAUGGUUAUGUUAAUUUAUCUGAAGACGGAUGUGGUUCCUUGGUGGACUGUGUGCUUGCUUGCUUUGUCCAAAAGGGUGCACUCCAUCUUUGUGCUUCGCUUGUUCAAUGACUGUUUUGCCACCACUCUUUUACAUGCUGCAGUAAUUUCGUUUCUCUAUCAGAAGUGGCAUCUGGGUUUAGUUAUUUUCAGUGGAGCUGUCUCGGUGAAGAUGAAUGUUCUUCUGUAUGCACCUCCAUUGUUACUCCUCUUGAUAAAGGCUAUGAAUCCUUUUGGGGUUGUGUCUUCUGGUGUAGGUGCAGCUUUGGUGCAGAUAAAUUCGUUAUCACUUAUCCUCCUCAAUUCCUCAUGUUCUGUUUCUAGCCAUUUGUCCGUGAAUUUCAAAUUUGUUCCAGAACCGGUUUUUGUAUCUAGAGGAUUUGCGAUGUUUCUAUUGGCUGCUCACCUUAUUAUGCUUGCAUUGUUUGCUCACUUCAGAUGGUGCAGGGGGAUUGUUUACUCUCUUGCACUCAAAGCUCAAUCAGCUGAAGCUCAAGAUGUCUCAUCGAAGUUCGUUUUUUCUCAAAGUAAGCUCAAGAGUGCUUACAACAGAACGUAUUUCUAUUCUCUGCCCUAUUUAUUGUGGCGAACUCCAUUUCCUACUUGGUUACGUUUAACACUGUUUGUUACUGUGGAAUUUUGUUGGAAUGUUUACCCGUCUAAUGUCUACUCUUCGACAAUGCUGCUCGGGGCCCACUUGCUUAUACUAUGUGGCUUGUGGAUAGUACCAACCGAAUACCCGUACGCUGACCAUACAAGUGACAAAUCAGCAUAAAUCAAAUAAAAGGUUAGCUAAUAGCGCUAACUGUUAUCUCAUGUUUGUAACAAAUCUGUUUUCUCACCAAGCUCUCGUUUUUAGCUGUAAGAUCGAAAAAUUUUCUAGUCCAUAGCAGAAUGUUCGAGAUUGAUAUGAAAAGAAAAGGAAAAACGUGUCUUUAUAUAGAUAGCUACAUUAUGAUCAAACAUUCAGAUCUUUGAGCAUUUUAUACGAGGUGAUGGCUGACUUGAUUUGCCUUUAUAAAUUUUGUGGAUUAUGAUUCUUUGGAUAAUUAUACUUUAAUCCAAAUAAUCAAUUUUUUUUUCUUCUGACCAAGCUCUCGUUUUUAGCUGUAAGAUCAAAAAAUUUUCUAGUCCAUAGCAGAAUUUUCGAGAUGGAUAUGAAGAGAUGAGGGAAAAACGUUUCUUUUUAUAGAUAGCUACAUUAUGAUUAAAUAUUCAGAUCUUUGAGCAUUUUAUACGAGCUGAUGGCUGACUUGAUUUGCCCUUAUAAAUUUUGUGGAUUAUGGUUCUUCACUUCUUUGGAUAAUUAUAUUUUAAUACAAAGAAUCAUUUUUUUU